UUGUGGUUUAAAAUAUUAUUUAUAGAUAAAGUUGAAUUAGAUCGUCAGCGCUUAUUGCGUGAUUUGCAAAGGGAAAUUAAUCAACUCUAUCGUGAUUUAAAUGAACGGACACGACAACUUGAUGAGGCACAAUCUAAGUUGCAAGAACUGUCAGCCACACCAGAUGAAAAUAAUGGAUCAGCAUGUAAAAAUACUGAUCAGGAAACAAAUGAGCAAUGGAGGGAUUUACGUGUUGAUUUUGAGUUAGAUGAACAAAAAGAUUACGAGUUGUGUGCACUAAGAAGCCAAAUUGCCGAGUAUCAGAAAAAGUUGAGAGAUGCGGAGGAAGCUCAUAAACAAGAACUAAAGUCGGUAUGUGAAAAAGCAUCCGCUACUGCGCAGUACAACGUCAACUUAGAUUAUCUAGCUAAUGGUUUUCUCCCGAAAGGAAAACAAGAUUUGAAUGACAGCAAUUCGUCCUUAGCAGAACCUACCGAGGCUGAGUACUUACGAAAUGUGUUAUAUCGAUAUAUGCACGAACGAGAAACACUGGGUAGAGAGAGCGUUACAUUAGCUCGAGUAAUUGGCACUGUAGCAAGAUUCACUCGUGAACAGUUGAAUGCUGUGGUGGCUAAAGAAGAACAACGAAACCAUGGUUGGGUAGAAGGUACCGUACAGGGUCUAAUCUCUACUGCUGCAAGUCUAACUUCCCGAUAG